GCCGGAUCUCUUCGAGCCCCUCAAGGACAACCAGGAACCCACGUACAUGUUGUUCGCAUGCGCCGACUCGCGUGUGUGCCCAUCAGUCACCCUGGGCCUGGAACCUGGCGAGGCCUUCACCGUUCGCAACAUCGGUGCCAUGGUCCCAUGCUACUGCAAGAACAAGCACACCGGUGUUGGAUCAGCCAUCGAAUAUGCCGUCUGCGCCCUCAAGGUUAAGGUCAUCGUGGUGAUUGGCCAUAGCCGCUGUGGUGGUAUCAAGGCCCUCCUCUCGCUCAAGGAUGGGGAAGACGACUCCUUCCACUUCGUUGAGGACUGGGUCAGGAUCGGGUUCUCGGCCAAGAAGAAGGUGAAGGACGAGUGUUGUGACCUGCCUUUCGAGGACCAAUGUGCCGUCUUGGAAAAGGAGGCCGUCAACGUGUCCCUCCAGAACCUCAGCACUUACCCGUUCGUCAAGGAGGGUGUGGCAAACGGAACCCUCAAGCUGAUCGGCGGCCACUACGACUUCGUCUCAGGAAAGUUUGACACAUGGGAGCUGUAAAUCAAUCUUCCCUCCCAUUGCUCAAACCCGAAAUAUAUAUACAUAUGUACGUAUAUCAAGAUAUAUCGAUCCAUCGAUAUGAAUGCCAUGGAGUACCUAUUCGUUAUUUUCCAGUAGUGAAUGCCCGAUGGCUUGGUGUCAAUUUUUGUAAUAAGCGAUAGUAUUUUCCGAUGCAUAAUUAUUGUACUACUAUGUGAUGCAUAAUUUGAUCGUCGCAUGAUCAAAAUACAUCAGACAUUAUUCUAAUCAUAUUCUUCAUCAAGAGUUUACCUUUCGAUU